AUGUCACUUGGUCUUCGUCCUCGUUUGAAAGCUCGGCCCUCAUUUUUAGACUUGAUCCAAAUUCAACAUAUUGAUACCUUGUCAAUAGCUCCAGUUGAGCUUAAUCAAGAACCAUUACCACAACUGCCACUAUCGCCCCCUCCAACAACAAUACAAUUCGCAUUUUCGAAAUCAAGUAAAGAGAUUGCCAAGAUGGCUCCCCAAAGAGAUGCUGAUGGAGAAGAACAAUUUGGUUCAAUCUACUCCGUAUCAGGUCCUGUCGUGGUGGCAGAGAAUAUGAUCGGAGUAGCUAUGUACGAGUUGGUUCGAGUCGGUCACGAUAACCUUGUCGGUGAAGUUAUUCGAAUCGAAGCGGAUAGAGCGACCAUUCAAGUAUACGAGGAGACAGCUGGUGUUACCGUUGGCGACCCCGUUGUGCGUACUGGAAAGCCUUUGUCGGUGGAGUUGGGGCCAGGUCUUAUGGAAACAAUUUACGAUGGUAUUCAAAGACCUCUCAAAGCUAUCGCAGACGUUUCCAACAGCAUUUAUAUUCCUCGAGGUAUUUCCGCGCCGGCUUUAAACAGAGAAAAGGAUUGGGACUUUAAGCCUAUUAUGAAAGUUGGAGACCACAUUACUGGCGGAGACAUUUGGGGCACAGUCUACGAAAACUCUCUCUUGGAUGAUCACAAAAUCCUUUUUCCACCGAGGGCUAGGGGUACCAUUACACGCAUUGCCGAAAAAGGAAGCUACAAGGUUGACCAGAAGAUCCUCGAGGCUGAAUUCGAUGGCAAGAAGACCGAAUAUAGCAUGAUGCACACUUGGCCUGUACGUGUGCCACGACCAACUACCGAGAAAUUGGCAGCAGAUAAACCAUUUAUUGUUGGUCAACGUGUAUUGGAUGCUCUCUUCCCGAGUGUUCAAGGAGGAACCGUCGCUAUUCCUGGUGCUUUCGGAUGCGGUAAGACUGUUAUUAGUCAAUCUGUUUCCAAGUUCUCGAACAGUGAUAUUAUUAUAUACGUCGGAUGUGGAGAGCGCGGUAAUGAGAUGGCUGAAGUUUUGAUGGAUUUCCCCGAGCUCUCCAUUGAAAUCGAUGGACGUAAAGAGCCUAUCAUGAAGCGUACGACACUUAUUGCCAACACCUCCAAUAUGCCUGUCGCCGCUCGUGAAGCUUCUAUUUACACGGGAAUUACGGUAGCUGAAUAUUUUCGCGAUCAGGGAAAGGAUGUUGCCAUGAUGGCUGAUUCUACUUCUCGUUGGGCUGAGGCUCUUCGUGAAAUUUCUGGUCGUUUGGGAGAAAUGCCUGCUGAUCAAGGUUUCCCUGCUUACCUUGGUGCCAAACUUGCUAGUUUCUACGAACGUGCUGGUAAAGUUCAAGCUCUUGGUAGUCCCGAUCGUGAGGGUAGUGUCAGUAUUGUUGGUGCCGUCAGCCCCCCUGGAGGUGAUUUCUCAGAUCCUGUGACCAGUAGUACUUUGGGUAUUGUGCAAGUCUUCUGGGGUCUCGACAAGAAGCUUGCUCAACGUAAACAUUUCCCUUCCAUUAACACCUCGGUCAGUUACAGCAAAUAUACCGGCGUUCUUGACAAAUACUACGAGAAAGAUUUCCCCGAGUUCCCCAGACUUCGAGAUCGUAUCAAGCAACUUUUGACUGAUUCGGAAGAAUUAGACCAAGUUGUACAAUUGGUCGGAAAGUCAGCAUUGUCUGACCCUGACAAGAUUACUUUGGAUGUAGCAGCGUUGAUCAAGGAAGAUUUCUUGCAACAAAAUGGUUACAGUGAUUAUGAUCAAUUCUGCCCUAUCUGGAAAACCGAAUGGAUGAUGAAGGCAAUGAUGGGAUUCCAUGAUGAGGCUCAAAAGGCAAUUGCACAAGGUCAAAGUUGGAACAAAGUACGUGAAGCCACCUCAGAGCUUCAAUCCCAGUUGAGAAGCAUGAAGUUCGAGGUUCCAAGUGAAGGCGAGGAGAAGAUCACAAAGAAGUACGAGGAUCUUGUUCAAGCUAUGACCGAUAAGUUCGCUUCAGUCACCGACGAAUAG